AGCCACAGUCACACAGCUGCACAUGUUCUGAAAGACCUGCGAACAUCAGAGAGAGGUGGAUGGGAAGAGCGGGAGUGGUGAACAGAUGACCAACCGAAAGGUGGAAAUGUGUAUUUUUAGAGAGAGAGAAGGCUGUCAGAUGAAGGUGACGCUACAGAUCAGAGCACAGCACAGAGGAAGAUGAACAGCAGGAGUGUUGGUGUGCUUGCUUCUUGUUUUGAGUGUGGAAGCUUACUGUCUGAAGAGAGUGCGUGCUGUCCGUCAAGCCUAAUUUGAGGAAAAGCGCAAGUGGUUUUCAGAGGGUUUAGCUACAGGUAAAAGCUGAGUGUGUUUCAUACUGGGACUGAGCUGAGGCACACUCCUACUGGCGAAUUUGGAUUUUUUUGCCGAGGAAAUGGAGGAAAUUUGUUCACUUUUUGGUCCAACUUCUUUGUCUGCUCAUAAAGUACAAUCCACCUUUAUUCACGGUCCUGCUGAAAAGUCUGCUGCGUUAACAGUAGCAACCCUUCUGGCGCGUAACAUAUACCACAUUGGUGGCACCGUGGCUGUACCACAGAAAUGCAGGCUUACACAGACUGUGGAGCGAUGCAUGAGUGUUAUGCAGUCAGGGACACAGAUGGUAAAGCUGAAGGCUGGAUCCAAAGGGUUGGUAAGGCUCUUCUACCUGGAUGAACAUCGUUCCUGCAUCCGCUGGAAGCCCUCACGCAAGAGUGAGAAGGCCAAGAUCACCAUCGAUUCACUAUAUAAGGUGACAGAGGGCGGUCAGUCGGACAUCUUCCAUCGGCAUGCGGAUGGCACCUUCGACCCUGCCUGCUGUUUCACAGUUUAUCAUGGAAACCACAUGGAGUCCCUUGACCUGGUGACAUCAAAUGCAGAGGAAGCCAGAACCUGGGUAACUGGUCUUCGCUACCUGAUGGCCGGAAUUAGUGAUGAGGACUCUUUGGCCAAACGCCAGCGUACACACGAUCAAUGGAUGAAGCAGACAUUUGAAGAGGCCGAUAAGAAUGGAGAUGGCCUGCUAAACAUUGACGAAAUCUACCAACUUCUUCAUAAGCUGAAUGUCAAUCUGCCACGCAGGAAGGUCAAGCAAAUGUUUCAGGAAGCAGACACAGAUGAUCAUCAGGGCACUCUCACAUACGAGGAGUUCUCUGUCUUCUACAAGAUGAUGUCUCUUAGACGGGAUCUGUACCUGCUGAUGAUGGCAUACAGCGAUAGGAAGGACCACCUGACAGCGGAAGAACUGGCCAACUUCCUGCACAACGAGCAAAAGAUGACCAAUGUGACUCCAGAGUAUGUUGCAGAAAUCAUUGACAAGUUUGAAGUGUCAGAAGAAAAUAAACAACAAUGCGUUAUGGGGAUUGAAGGUUUCACAAAUUUCAUGCGCUGUCCAACGUGUGACAUUUUCAACCCAUUGCACCACGAGGUAAAUCAAGACAUGGACCAGCCUCUGUGUAACUACUUCAUCGCUUCCUCUCAUAACACCUACUUGACUGGAGAUCAGCUCCUCUCCCACUCCAAGACUGACAUGUAUGCCUGGGUGCUGCAGUCUGGUUGCCGCUGUGUAGAAGUGGACUGUUGGGAUGGUCCCGAAGGAGAGCCGAUGGUCCAGCAUGGCUACACUCUGACCUCAAAGAUCCCAUUCAAGUCUGUCAUAGAGACCAUCAAUAAAUAUGCCUUCAUAAAUAACCAGUAUCCAGUGAUUCUCUCCAUAGAGAACCACUGUAGCAUCCAGCAGCAAAAGAAGAUUGCACAGUACCUGCGAGAAAUCUUUGCAGACAAACUGGACAUAGGAGAUGUACUGAGUGGAGACUGCAAAACAUUACCCAGUCCUCACAGCCUGCAAGGCAAGAUACUCAUCAAAGGAAAACGCCUGCCUGCCUAUCUGUCUGCAGAUGCUGAAGAAGGGGAGGUGUCUGAUGAUGACAGCGCUGAUGAAAUUGAGGACGACUUCAAGCUCAAGAGCAGUAAUGGCAAUGGUCACCACCAGGUGGUGGAGUCUCACAUCAGAAAGAAACUGGACUCUCUUUUAAAGGAGUCUCGGAUUGGAGACAAGGAAGACACUGACAGCUUCAGCAUCAGAGCUUUGCUCCGAGCCACACACCAGGGUCUUCAGAAGAAUCUGCGGCAGAGCUCCAGAGGGGUUCUGAAGAAAUCCCAAAGCAGAUCGUUCAUCACGACACUCAAACAGAAGAGGCACUCCAAAUCCAGGCUGACAUGCCAAAGCAUGGACAAGGAAGAAGAUGGUCAGGAGAGGUCUGGGAGGGAGGCUGGAGGACAGUUCAACAGGUGUGGAAGAAAGAGGAAGACGAUGAAACUGAGCAGAGAUCUGUCAAAUCUCGUGGUGUUCACCAACUCUGUUGCCUCACAGGAGUGUCUUAAUGAAGGCACUGCAGGUGACGUUCUGUCUUUCAGUGAGACUAGAGCACAGUCUCUGGUGAAUCACAGAACAGAAGAGUUUCUGGCUUUUAACCAGAGGCAGCUGUCUCGAAUUUAUCCCUCGGCAUAUCGCAUCGACUCUUCCAAUUUCAACCCUCAAUUCUACUGGAACGUGGGUUGUCAGUUGGUUGCACUCAACUAUCAGACAGAGGGGAGGAUGAUGCAGCUGAACAGAGCCAAGUUUAUGGUGAAUGGAGGUAUUGGAUAUGUCCUCAAGCCUCCUCCAAUGUGUAAAGGCACCUUCAACCCAUUCAGUGAUGAUCCCCUUCCAGCUUAUCCCAAGAAGCAGCUCAUUCUCAAGAUCAUUAGCGGACAGCAGUUGCCCAAACCGCCAGAUUCCAUGCUGGGGGACCGUGGAGAGAUUAUUGAUCCUUUUGUUGAAGUGGAAAUAAUCGGUUUGCCAGUUGACUGCUGCAAGGAACAGACUCGAGUUGUUGAUGACAAUGGUUUUAACCCAGUAUGGGAGGAGACUCUGACCUUUACACUUCAUAUGGCUGAGGUAGCAUUGGUGCGUUUCCUUGUCUGGGACCAUGACCCGAUUGGAAGGGACUUUAUUGGUCAACGGACUGUUGCUUUCACCAGCCUGAUGCCUGGUUACAGACAUGUUUACUUGGAAGGGCUAACUGAAGCUUCCAUUUUUGUGCACAUGUCAGUGCAUGAUGUCUAUGGGAAGUGGAGCCCUCUAGUGCUGAACCCCAGCUUUACCAUAAUGCACUUUCUAGGAUCUAAUAAGAGUAAUCAGCUGAGAGGUAUCCGAGGUUUCUUUAACCGUUCUUCCAAGUCCUCCGUUGACACAAAUUCCAGUGGUCCUCGAAAACGCUCCAUCAGUGAUCACCUCCUACGACGCACGGCAAGUGCCCCGGCAAAGGGACGGAAGAAGACAAAGAUGAUGCUGUCAGAGUCAGUGGCUUCAAUAUCAGACCAAAAGAAUGGCACAGGUGCAGCUGCUGCAGGAGGAGAGGGUGUGUCUGGGAAGGAAGGAGGGAUGGAGAAACGUCUCCAGCCUCGAGCCCCACUUAUUCACAGGCCGAUCUCCAUGCCCUUAGACAGACUUCUGCAAGGGCAGCUUUCCAUCUGCUCCCCAGACAAAGAACAGCAUGACAUGGGUGCAGACACUGUUAUUGGAUCCUGCCUUUUUGACAGGCCCAGGUCUUCAUCUGUUGACCUACUCAUCGAAUCAUCACUUGCCACAGAAUCAAACGCCCUUUCUCCCUCUAAAACAUACAGAAACAAAGAAUUUCACCAGUCAGAGACUUCUUAUCUGGUUGUUGGUGUUGGAGAAGUGAGGAAGGAAGAAGACUAUGCGAAUUACCAGCCAGAAGUCAACAAAUCCAAGAUCAUCUCCACAGGAACAGAGAAAAACUCUCUUGUAUUGCCUGCAAUGAAUAGCCAGAUGCAACUGGAUAAACCAGAAACGUCAUUAAGUAGCACAACAUUCACAGUUGCACCUUCAGUGUCUUCAUCCUCCUCCCCUGUCCCCUCAUCUGUGGCCCCUCUUUCCCCUGUCAACAGGUACUGUGAUUUAAAGAGCCCCAGCUCUAUGCAUGACAGCACAAUUUCCAGAAUUAUUGAUGCUGUAUCCUUAAGCAAUGAGGAAGACACAUGUGGCUCGGUUUCAGCUCUUAUUGGUCAGUUUGAAAGCACUGUUGACCAAAACAGUUUCACAUCUCAUGAUAUGAUCCCGUCCCAUCAUUCAAACUUGAGGCCUACUACCCCUAAAACAAAAGAAGAGUUCAGAUCUCCUCUGAAAACCAGCGCAGAUUCCCCCUACAAGAAAAAUCCCACAAGUCCCCAGAAGGCAGUUCAAAAAGCAAAUAAUGUAAAUCGGGAAAUCUGUUCACCUCACAAAACUACCCAACCAGCCCUCAUCUCCAGCCCAGAAACCACUGAGCUCGAGGAGGUCUAUACCAUUCUAGAUGAGGAGGUUUUGUCGCCAGUAUCAGUGUACAACCUGAAGAAACAGACAGUCCAUGUUCAGGCAGACACUUUAAAGAGCACACCCUCAAGCAGUUUGGGGUCAUCUCCAGCAAAGGUGGUUCAGGGACUGGGGAACAGUCGUAAUAUAGGCUGGGAUUGUGUGGAAAGAAAAAGAGAUGAGGAGAUAGAGGAGAGGGUGUAUGAAGAGGUGACUGAUCCCCCAGGACCAAUGAGUGAAACAGAACAAAAUACUUCUAAAAGGUACAUAGGCUCUUCUGUAAAUGGUCACAGUUUCCACAUUCCCCGCGAUUCAUCUGGAAAGGUUUUUACAGAAGUGGAGUUAAAUGUUGAUGAGGAUCCACUGGAGACUAUGCUGACUUCCCCAAGACAUUAUGAGUUUGGGCUUAUGAGUCCUAUCAAACGCCAGGCUAUUUAUGAAAACCAUGAGUCCACUCCCAGCUGCUUCCUACAAAAACAGCCUUCUUCAUAUUAUGAUUCCCAACAGCAGUACUCAUCACGUUCCUCUCACAUUGCAUUUUCACAGCAUCAUUCCCCCAUGAAUCAACCUUCUUAUCAGCAUUUCAGUCAUGACGAACAUCAUGACAGCUCCCAGACUUCCCUCCACUAUAGCCUUUUUAACUCUAGACCCUCUAAACCCAGUCCACUGCGUCAAAACAGCUACCCCAUACCUCAGAGAAAUUCCGAGGCCCUUAACCACACCAGAGACUUCAGCACUUCCUACCAGCAGAGGAGCUACAGUGGGAAUCGUAUCCUAAACAUGUCUCAUCAAGACAAGCUGGGGUAUGAACAGCUGGAGAGGGAGCAAGCAGGAUGUUACCAAAAUGGUAUUUCCUCUUCGGAAAGCCUCCAUGAUCAAUCUGCUACAUCUGUAAACAGCUGUAGAGACAGAGGCCUUUAUUCCCCCCCUUCAGACUGUGAAGCAGUAUACAGCCAUCUGGACUAUGACUGCUUUAUGUCCUCUCCAGCUCCACAGAACAGCCAGCUACACAACCAAAGUCAAACACAAUCAUUUGACCAACAGCAGUCAUGGAACCACGAGGUUUCUCAGAUUAAUUAUAGGCACCAGCCACAGGCUGAAACCAGAACUACACGACAGUCUAGUUUAAAGCCUUUAUCACCUCUUUCUCAGUCUGAUACUAUAGACUCCACAGCCCCCAGCCCAUGCAAAUCCAAAUCCCUGGGAGACUUAACCUCUGAAGACAUAUCAUGCAACUUUCAGAGCAAAUACCACAUUAUUAGUCGCAGUUUCAUCACACCCCAUAUGAGGAAGCAAAAGAAGUCGGGCACCAUAGAGGGAGUAACUUUCCAGUCACAGUCUUGUGAUCCUCUUACCGAACAGCUGCGUAAGCUGGUCAGUUUGGAGGGGGAUGACAGUGACAUUGAUAGGCCCCAGUCUCCUCAGUUGCAAGCAAAAUCCCCACUGUCACAGCCACAGGCACCAAGUUUAGCUCCUGUUGUGUCCAGGGAUAUAGAUGAUUCCCCUCCACCCCUAACACGUCGCCUAUCCUCCCGUAGUCAAAGCCGUGUACGUCACAUCAAUAGCCGGGCUCGCGAAAGACAGCAAGAAGCUCUAAAACCUCGCUCAGGGGUGGUCAUCAAUAGCACUGGCGACAUUGGUGGGGUGGUAUUAAGGAAUAAACCAGCCUCACAGAAUCCUCCAACGAACAGACACUCUACUGGUUCUUACAUAGCAGGUUAUCUUGGUCAGCUGGAGGACAGGGGACUUCCCGAAGGAGCUUGCACAUCAUUACGUUACGGAAAUGGUGACCAUUAUGGAGAUCGAUACUAUACCGAUGACUCUCUUCCACCUGCAAACACAAGCCACUCAGUGUCUGAGCCCGAGGUCUACUUUCUGCUCAGACUCUAAUUCUGAUAACUUUACAUGAAAUUAAGAAUCUGCCAGUGAUUCUUGAUUAACUUCAGUUAUACCAAAAGUCUGGGGAUCAAUGAAAUAAGCACUUGCUUGUUCUCAUGUUUGUUAGCCCCAAGUUGAAUAAAUGUUUAUUCUGGGAUGUUUUUAGAAAAGAUAAAAGUGAAGCAUCUCAUAUAAUCCAUGGUUGGAUCUGACAGCAUGAAUUGCCUGUAUGAAAUGUCCACUAUUUCAAUAGUGAAUGGUCUUUCUAGUCGGAUAUGUAUCGUCUGUAUUCUGCUUAAUGUGUAAAUGUACUUGGGAACUUUGAGUCUCUCCAAACGGCUUCCUAGACUGAUUGUACAGAUACUUGUUAUCUUUGUCCCUGUGAUGUACUGUCCAAAAUAUGUACACUGACUAUGAAGCAAAAAAAAAGAAGUAUUGGCUGUUAAGCAGAGAGGGAAUGUCUUUCUUUGUAUCAUUUGAAUGUGUAGUAGUAUCAAACAGCUACUUUGAAUUGAUGGGUUUCAUCUUCAUAUCAAAUGUAAGUCUUCCUUCUCUUUCCAGUGGUAUUUCUUUAUUUGUGUUGUGUGUAAAUAUUCCUGACAUGAUUUUUCAUCUCAGAUGAGUUUUAGUUGAGAAUCAGUUCUAACUGUACAUUUAUGUUUGUGCAUGUUACUUGUGAACAUGUCAAGCAUGACUAUGCACCAGUUUAUACAAUAGGUGUUGCAUUGACCAACCUUAUUUGCACAGAACAAACAGUUGUAUUGGAUACAACAGAGGGCAUAGGCUUGUUUGUAUUGGGUGCAAUACAGUACAUAGACUUCUUUGCUUGGACUUGUUGCUCUUUUUGAUUUGUAGAAUUUGAAAAUGUGAUUGCAAAUUAAGAAAAAAUUGAGUUUUAAGGUUUUUAUUUUUAUAAUUGCUUUGAUACAGACUGCAAAAAUGAUCUUUUAGUUCUGUUCAUUUUUAUUUUGUAUACGUGAUGGACUGAAAAGGCAGAGUGACAACUACACUGGGCCAAGCAGAGGAGAGGAGCGUAGUAAGACUGCAGUUUUGGUGGUUUUUUCUUUUUUGUUUCAGUGUUGCACCAUCUUUUUUCUUUGUAUGGCUGCUCACUGAAGACCUAUGAGCAUUUUCUUAUCAAUGCAAUAAAAUU